GCGCCUUAGUUCCGCGAACCCCGGGAGCGCAUCUGGCCUUCCCCUGCCGUGUGCUAUAGUUGUGGGGACCGGGUGGGAGAGAUCUCUCCGAUAGUGCGUUAUCCUCGCAACGGACCUGACCCUAGCGCGAUCUCGAAAGCUCAGGACUCCGCUCAGCUGCCUCAUGGCAGUCCCAGGUUGCAACAAGGACAAUGUCCGAGCAGGCUGCAAAAAAUGUGGCUACCCUGGUCAUCUGACUUUUGAGUGCCGCAAUUUUCUCCGGGUUGACCCCAAAAGGGACAUUGUGUUGGACGUCAGUAGCACAAGUAGUGAGGACAGCGAUGAAGAAAAUGAAGAACUGAACAAAUUGCAGGCUCUGCAAGAGAAAAGAAUAAAUGAAGAAGAGGAGAAGAAAAAGGAAAAAAGCAAGGAGAAGAUUAAAUUGAAGAAAAAGAGGAAAAGGUCUUAUUCCAGCUCCACCGAAGAGGACUCUUCAAAGCAAAAGAAACAGAAGUAUCAGAAAAAAGAAAAGAAAAAAGAAAAAAAGAGCAAAUCAAAAAAAGGAAAACAUCACAAAAAGGAAAAAAAGAAGAGAAAAAAGGAAAAACGUUCUUCUCCUAACCGUUCUGAAUUCACCAAAAAGUAACCGAAACUCUGGCCUCUCUCAGGAAAUUGAAGAAUUCAAUUUUUUUAAUUAUUGUAACUUCCUUGGAAUCGCUAUAUAAUAACGCUUUGCAGCAUAUCCCAGCCUCUUCCGUAAAGACAUUUUUCACAUGUUGGGACCCUUAUCUCUCUGCCCAUUGGUAUUAAAUCCAUCUUGUUAAUUGACAGCCAUGCCUCAAGUAUAGAUAUUUGUACACGCAAAGCACAUCGUUUUGGGUAUUUGUGUUUCUGUGUGUUAAGCCACAGUCAAACCAAGUAAUCUACACAGCAGCUACUAAAUGGCGUUAUUCCAGUGACGUUCUGGGUUGGUGGUAGUGGUUUGCUCUUGAUACUGAGGAGUUUAAUAGCUUUAUUAUCUACUGUGUAAUGUAUAAAGAUAGUGAAGUUCUUCACUGUUGUUUUUAAAUCUCUCGACUUUUUAAAUAAUAUCACUGAAGAUAAAACUGCUUUACUGAUCUUAUGUUUUUAAAUGAGUGAGAUCUAUAAGAUAAUAAUGAAAGUAUUUGUAACAAGUGUCAAUGUUUUAUGAAAUGCAUGUUCCUAGCACAUGCCUCCCGUGUUUUUAUAACAAUUAAAAUAUCCCCCUUUUAAAGAGAAUCACUUAGCUUACUAGAAAGUCUGGCAGGGAGUUUCUGUGCUGGUCAGGACUAUUAGGUUGACACACACAUGUGCCAUAUUGGCAUGUCUUACGGUGAUACCUCAAACACAGAACUUUUUGUGUGGAAACAGCAAAAUCAUCAUUAAAGCUGAUUUUUAUUCUAUCUAGUGUAUUUGAUGCUUACAUGUGUAUUGUGGCAGUUUUUAUGAAUGCUUGCUUAUAUAUUUAUUUUUUCUGAAAUGAUUUUGAAGUGAGUGACCCUGAACUUAUGACUUUGUGGAGAGCUAUUGUUGAUAUUUCCUCCUUCACUUCAGGCACAAAUGGAAGCACUGCAAAAAAAAUAAAAUCAAGAAUUUCAUUCUGUACUUUUUAAAAUAAAAGCCUUGAGCAUAGCAUCAUGAAAGCCUUUGUAUAAUAAUGAAAUUUAUAUAUAAAUAAGUGUUUUCAAUGACAUGUUAAUAGAUAAUGUCUUUUAUUUUUAAUUUUAUGGUCAUCAGUGUAGUGUAUUUUAACAUCUAGUAUUCCCAAAUCCAACAAGUUACCUUAUGCUGUAAAAGCAUUAAACCAACCCGCUAACUUGGAUCAGCACCAAAGUUUCUAAGUACCUUACUAUGGUGCACUUAUAUAUCUUCAAAUUGGUAAGUAGAGAUGUGGCUGCAGGCGAAUUUAUUACAUAAGAACACUUGAUCUUGCAGGCUGGAGAGUUCUUCCCUUGCCCUGCACCCAAACUGGCAUGCCCUGGUCAGACCUGGGGCCUCGUAGGUCCUCGUAGGUCCCAUACAUAUUCUCCCCUCGCUCUGCUCAGGUUCCACAGAAGCUACACCCACACCCUUCCCAGCACUGCUUCCGUGAAGCAUGCGCAUCUUCAGCUUUUCCACAAAGCGAUUGCUCUCUUGGCCCAUAAGAAGUUGUUUUGCUUAGAGUUUUGUCAGUUGUUAGGACUAAAGCACAGAACUUUUAGAUUUUUCUUUUCCAUUUUUUUAUUGAGAAAAGGAGAAAAAAAAAAAAACAAGUUUCCACCUCCUCCCAG